GAACGUUUCCUUCAACUUCCUGCAGCCACCGCGCCUGCGCACUAGCUGCCAUGGCAACGCUGGCGGCUUGGCGCUUCGAGUCCACCGGAGCAGCUAGUUAGCGAGCCGCUCGGGUUAGUUAGUUAGUUAGUUAGUCCUCGUGAACUGCUGGUGAACGUCCGCGUCAUGGAGGAGGCGUGACGUCACGGGACGUUCUUUGCGUCAUGACCGUCCGCUUCAAGGUAAACAGCAGGUGUUACUGUGAGCUGAAGCAACAGAGUCAGACGGAGUACCAGAGGAGCUUCACGCUGCCGCGCUCCUCCACCGCGUCCGCUCUGCCCGUCGACCCACCGGCUGGUUCUGACCCGACCCGGAACACGUUCUCUGCUAAAGUUCUGAGGAGCUCAGCUCACAGGAACCAGCAGAAACCACCGACCGGUCCUGCAGGACGUCCUGAAUCUGCACCUGAACCUCCGGCUGGACCUCGUCCUCCAGCAGACCCACGUCCCUCAAAAAGACCCGGUCUGGAACCAGCAGCUGAUGGAGAGUCUGACAAGCCCCGCCCCUUCCAACCACGGCCCAACACACCUGUGCCGGCUGCAGCAGCCAGCGCGCCGCCGUCUGCUAUGAAGGUUGAUCAUGUGAUGAGGCUGAGGGCGGAGUCUAAGGCGGCCGGUCACAGGUCAGGCUGGCAGAAGCCGCUGACGGCCGCAUCGCCUUUGCUGACCGCCGAACAGGGUUUCUACCCCGGCAGCAGGAGCGUCUCCCCCUACAGGAGGAAGCCCGUCUCUAUGGAAACAGAGUAUGGGCGGAGCUUCCAAGGCCUGAUCCCGCCCUCUGGACCACGCCUCCGGAAGCAUCUGGAUCACGAGUGGGAGCCGCUGUUCCACACACACACGGUAAACAGGAGAAGCAGGGAGGAGGAGCCAACAGGCAAGCUCCGCCUCCACCAAGACACCUGUCAAGGAGAGAAGGACACGCCCCCUCCUCGAGGCCGCAGGAUGUUGACAGAGUAUCAGUCCAGCUUUCCUUCUGCUCUCCUCAGAAAACUGGAGGGAAAGCUCGCCGGCGCCGCCCUGCAGGUGACGGAGCUGAGGCAGAGGGCUCUGAUGUACCGCCGGCGGGCCUGGGGGGCCAACUUCUCCAGGGACCACCUGGGUCAGCUGCUGUCCGACCAGAACGCCCUGUGGGAGCCGAGCGACGCCUCCGGCUCCGUCGCGGACGCCCGCGUCCCCCCCCUCGCCAUGGGCCCGUCUCCAGACAGCCGCAGCGCGUCCUGUGUGGACGCCCUGGACCUGGCCAGCGUCUCCAGUCGGAGCCGCUCCGGCGCCUCGGAGCCCAAAACCGCCAGAACACAAAGACGGGUACACGCAGAGGACGAGCGGCGCUCAGACGAAGAGGAAGACCAGCUGUCCCCCUCCAGGCUGAAAACCAGGACCCCCUCUGACCUCGGCACACCUGCUACAGGGGGCGCCGUCCUGGUCGGGAAACAAAGGAACGCCGACGUCUCUCAUCCCCAAAAAUUCCAGAGAAAUGUUUCUGUUGUUUCCAUGGCAACAGAGGAAGGGACGCCCAGCGACCUGCCAGUCAAACGGAAAGAGGCGUGGUCAGAGAAGGUUUUUGCUCAUCAGCACAAACCGUGCUGCAGUCCUUCACCUAAACCAAGUACACAGGUGUCUUCUUUGGCCCCUCCCCCGGCUCCUCCCCCUCUGCACGCCAUCCAGGGCUCCAUGAGACACCCAGACUUCCAGCACAACGGUGAGCGCCGACAGGACGGCGGGUUUGAACUCCCAGGUGAACUGGGCGUGCGCCUCCGAGAGACUUCCUGUUCGGGAGGAAGUGGCGGUCAUGAAGAGGAUCGUCUCUCGGUGAUGUCAUGGCGCUCGGCGGCCUCCCGCUCAGCUGCGUCUGUGGUCCUGGAGCGCGCUCAGAAGAGGCACAAGAACUUCUGGGGGAAACAUUGAGCCUCUGACCUUCCUGAUGACCUUUUUUAUUUGUAGAAAUAAUGAGAAUAAUGUAUUUUUGUAGAGUUAUGACUGUUAGCUUUAGAAUAAAGGCUACUUUAUAUGUGGGCGGGGCUUCUCCUCCUGCUAAGUUGAGACGAAUGACUCAGCAGAAAUGUCCGUAUGUUUGUUUUUUAAUGCUGACAGUUAUCCAUGAUUAGCUUUUAGACUGAGAUGUUUGAUUUGUGAGCCACAAUCAGCCACUAGAGGGCAGUGAUGAGCAUAAACUGAAUCCACCUGCAGAAGAAGAAACAUCUCAACAACUUUUCUGGGCAAACAACUUUUUGCUAAUGCUAAUGCUAUAAAGAAUAAGGCGGGAGGCCCAGCUAUUACACUUUUUUGCUGAUGCUUAAAAUAAUCAGGCGGGAGCUGCAGCUAAUUUGCCUUUUCACUCAUGCUAAUGCUAAAAAUAUUCAGGUGAAUGAUUCUUCUCCCUACAUUUAGCCCUCCAAAUGGAGAGUUAUGGAAAAAUAGUGUCUUCAAAUUUGAUGACGUCAUGCAUAGUCGCCGGUCAGCCACGUUAGCGCUUUGCUGCUUCGCCCUACUGGUGAAGGGAUACCCGCUACGGGUCCGCCUUAAAAACACAGUUCAGACACCACUACAGCUUCAGAUGCUCCUACAGUUGGAGAACCAGCGAAUUAAUUCAGAUUUGUCCAACGUGUGUGAUUUUAUGUGAGAAUUAUUGUCCUCCACGAUUUAUUUAUUUAUUCUUCUCUUUUUCAUUAAAUUAUUGAUGUUUCCAUUAAACGUCUCCUCCUCUCAAA